AUGAGCGACUUGGCAAUUGGAAUCGACUUGGGUACUACGUACUCCUGCGUUGGUGUUUUCAGGCAUGGAAAAGUUGAAAUUAUUGCGAACGAUCAAGGUAGCAGAACUACGCCGAGUUAUGUCGCUUUUACGAAUAUCGAAAUCUUGGUUGGAGAGCCAGCCAAAAAACAGGCCCCUAGAAACCUACUUAAUACGGUUUUCGAUGUCAAGAGACUGAUGGGUCGUAAGUUUGAUGACGACACGGUUCAGGCCGACAUGAAGCACUGGCCCUUCCAGCUGAUUAAUGAUCACAACAAUCCAAAAAUCAAUGUUGAAUUCAAAGGCAUUUCUCAAACUUACUUCCCCGAAGAAAUUUCAUCGAUGGUAUUGCGAAAAAUGAAAGAGACAGCUGAAGCAUAUCUAGGUAAAACCGUCAAGAAUGCUGUAAUUACUGUACCCGCUUACUGCAACGAUGCUCAAAGAGCAGCUACGGUAGAUGCUGCUAAAAUUGCCGGAUUAAACGUACAAUGUAUCAUUAAUGAACCUACUGCAGCCGCAAUUGCUUACGGGCUAGAAGAAAAGAAUUCCGACGUGCGAAACGUGUUGAUUUUCGAUCUCGGAGGUGGAACUUUUGAUGUCUCCCUUUUGACUAUUCGGAACGGCGUUUUCAAAGUGAUUUCAACUGCUGGUGACGCACAUUUGGGUGGCGAAGAUUUUGAUAAUAAAAUGGUCAACUAUUUCGUUGAAAAAAUCAAACGUAAAUACAAUAAAGAUCUCUCGGAAAACAAAAGGGCCCUCCACCGUCUGAGAGUUGCUUGCGAAGGAGCGAAGAGAACUUUAUCAUCAGCCUCUGUUGCCGAUAUCGAAAUCGAGUCUCUUUACGAUGGUGUCGAUUUCUACAGUUCAAUCUCUCGUGCUCGUUUCGAAGAACUAAACUCUGACCUCUUCAAAAGUGCAAUGAAAAUAGUUGAAAAAGCAGUCCAAGAUGCUGCUAUUGAAAAAACUCAAAUUCAUCACGUCGUUUUAGUGGGAGGCUCGUCACGAAUUCCCAAAAUUAAGAAAAUGUUACGAGAUUUCUUCGACGGAAAGGAACUGAGCCAAUCAAUUAAUCCCGAUGAGGCUGUAGCGUAUGGUGCUGCUGUACAAGCUGCGAUACUAAAUGGUGUCAAAUCGAAGGAUUUACAAGACAUAGUGUUGAUGGAUGUUAUACCAUUGUCGUUAGGAAUUUCGGUUAAUAAUAUUAAUGGAGUUGAAGAUAUAAUGUCUGUGGUUAUCAAACGUAACACUCCAAUCCCAGCCAGAGUAACGACAUCUUUCUCUCCGGCUGCUGGUUAUCUAAGGAAUUUUUGGAUUCAAGUAUUGGAAGGCGAGUAUCUUUAUUCGAAGGAUAAUCAUCUGCUUGGUACGUUUAAACUCACUGAAUUCCCUGCUAAACUGCGCGGUGAUGUUAUUUUCGACGUAACUUUUGAAAUCGAUGCUAACGGUUUGUUGAACGUAACCGCCGUCGAAAGAUCCACUGGUAGGACAAACCAACUCACCAUCACGUACGAUAAAGGUCGUCUCAGUAAAGAUGAAAUCGAGCGUAUGAUCGAGGACGCUGAAAAAUUGAGAUUCAAAGAAAAAAACCGAAAAGCUGCAUUAGUCGCCAAGGAUGCUUUAAAAACAUAUUGUGUUGAUGUGAAAAGCGCAAUAGAAGAAGCAAAAUUAAAAAGUACAAUUAAUAUAUCUGAUAAAGAAAUGAUUUUGAAAAAAUGCAAAGAAACCAUUGUCUGGUUAAAGUCUGACACAACAGCUGGAAAAGAGCAGUACGAACGUAGGCAAGAGGAACUACAGAAAAUAUUCGAUGUAAUCAUCUCGAUAGCUCGCUGUCCCAGUAAAGAAAACAACGAAUAUUGUAAAAUGUUGAACGUUCCGAAAAAUGCCUCCGAAAAUGAUAUCAAGAAUGCACACAGGAAAAUAGCUUACAAAUACCAUCCCGACCUAUACCAAGGAGACAAGGAAAUAGGAAAACUGUAUUGGUUGACUUUCAUGAGAGCGAAAACUUCUCUCAUCAAACUAGCUAAUGAAUGA